AUGGCCGCCCUCGCCGACUCCACGCUCCACAACGUGACGAAGGACGUCGCCGCGUGCAAGCUGUCGCCGCAGCGCUCGGUCGCCGAGCCGCUCCUCACCGAGGACCCGCACCGCUUCGUGCUCUUCCCCAUCGAGCACGACGACGUCUGGCAGAUGUACAAGAAGGCGGAGGCGUCGUUCUGGACGGCGGAGGAGAUCGACCUCUGCCACGACAUCAAGGACUGGGACCAGAAGCUCAACGACAAGGAGCGCCACUUCAUCAAGCACGUGCUCGCGUUCUUCGCGGCGUCCGACGGCAUCGUCAACGAGAACCUGGCCCAGAACUUCGCGACGGAGGUGCAGUGGGCCGAGGCGCGCUGCUUCUACGGCUUCCAGAUCGCCAUCGAGAACAUCCACUCCGAGGUCUACAGCCUGCUCAUCGACACGUACAUCCGCGACGCCAAGGAAAAGCACGAGUGCCUCACGGCCAUCGACACCAUGCCCUGCGUGACCAAAAAGGCCCAGUGGGCGCUGCGCUGGUGCGACCCGGACCGCGCGUCCUUCGCGGAGCGCAUCAUCGCCUUCGCGGCCGUCGAGGGCAUCUUCUUCUCCGGCUCGUUCUGCGCGGUCUUCUGGCUCAAGAAGCGGGGCCUCAUGCCCGGCCUCUCCUUCUCCAACGAGCUCAUCUCCCGCGACGAGGGCAUGCACUGCGACUUCGCGUGCCUCCUCUACUCGAAGCUCCGGAACAAGCUCCCCGUCGAGACGAUCAACGCGCUCAUCGGCGACGCGGUGACCAUCGAGAAGGAGUUCGUCGUCUCCGCGCUGCCCGUGGAGCUCAUCGGCAUGAACUCGCGGACCAUGUGCCAGUACAUCGAGUUCUGCGCGGACCGGCUCCUCCUCGCGCUCGGCUGCCCGAAGCUCUACGAAGCGACGAACCCCUUCGACUGGAUGGAGCUCAUCUCGCUCCAGGGCAAGACGAACUUCUUCGAGAAGCGCGUCGGCGAGUACGCCAAGUCCGGCGUCGGCGUCACCAAGGAGGAGGCCGCGUUCUCCACGGACGUCGACUUCUAG